AUGGCGAAAACUGUUCAAACUGCAAUUCUCUUCACCACUGCUCUUUGCUUCUUUUCCCUUAUUGGCAUUGUUCAAUGCCGUGAUGCUCACUUCUUUGUCGAGGGCCAGGUUUAUUGUGACCCAUGCCGUGCCCAAUUCAUGACUAGACUCAGCGAGUUCAUGCCAGGUGCAAAGGUGCGUUUAGAGUGCAGAGCCAAUGAAGGUGGGCAAUUAACAUACAGCAUUGAGGGAGUAACCGAUAAAUCCGGUACCUACAGCCUACCGGUGGAGGGCGAACACGAGGAAGACAUCUGCGAGAUCUUGCUCGUGAAAAGCGGCAAGCCGGAAUGCUCAGAAUCUGGCCCGAAGGGAUGGCAAAGAGAAGCAGCCAGAAUCACCCUCACAGUCAAUAGUGGCAUUGCCUCGGAGGUUCGCCAUGCCAACCCUCUAGGGUUCUUGACCAAGGAAGCUAAACCCGAGUGCAGCGAGGUCUUUAAGGAAUUGAAUAUGAUCCCUCCUGAAAUUUGA